GGCAAAGCGCGUUUGGACGAUGCGAUGAUCGAAGACAUUCUUCUCACCUUUGAUGAGAAUGAUACCGAACUCUCCGACGACGAAGGUAUCCCCAAGGGACAAACACAGCGCAUGAACGAAGAGAUGGAUCUAGCUAAGCAAGCUAAUGAGCCCAAUCUAGCCGCUACGGAAGCACUGAGUAGUAACCCGUUAACGUAUGUAAACCCCAAGACAGGCGAGAUAGGCGGUCCCAGGGGGCCAGAGCCGGUACGCUAUGGAGAUUGGGAGGUGAAAGGCAGAUGUAGCGAUUUUUGAGGAUGGGAUAGGUAAAGGAGAAGUGUCUGUUUCGUGCAGAAUGUUUUAUAUACCUGUUUUUAAGUAAAGGAGAAGUGUAUGCUUCAUGCAGAAUGAUUCC